CUAGAAAAUACCCACCUUUAUAUCCAACUCAAAGACCAGCCUCUUUGGCGUUUCGUACCUGCGUGGAACUUGGAAUUUCAUCAAUCGCUGAAGUUUAUGAAUAUGUUCGAAGCUACAAUAUCUGUAAUCGAACUACCUCGAUUAAAGAAAAGGACGACCUAACACCAGUUGUUAGUUAUGGUUCAAUAGAAUACCUUCAAAUGGACCUUGUCGAUUUUACGGCAUACAAGGAUAUAAAUGAUAGGUUUUCCUGGCUUCUGAUCAUGGGUGCACCAUCGAUCCUCCAAUCUGAUAACAGUAAAGAGUUUACUGCUAACGUGAUUAAACAUAUUUGUAAAGCCCUUGAAAUUACGAUUCGUUAUAGCAGACCAAGACAUCUGAUGUCGCAAGGGCAAGUCAAACAUUUGAAUCAGACCAUCAGAUAUAGUAUGCAUGGAAAAACUUCUCGUGAAGUUAUGUUCGGUUAUAAACUCCUCGGCAUAUACCAACAAUUUAAUUUCGCCAAUUUUCAGAAGAUAGAAGUUCCAGAAACAUUAACAACACCUCAAACUGUAGAAAAACAUUUGAAAAAGGUUUCUGCAAUUCAUGAUGAAGUUAACAAUCAACUUGAAAAAUCCAGAAAAUACAUGCAAAAAUAUUCAAGUGUUCUUCACCAUAAUAGCCCUAUGAAUCUGAAGCUUCAAGUUAACUUUAAAGAAACUGGAACUAUAGUCAACCUAAUGAACAACAACAAAACUGUAGUUGUUGAAAUACCCAGUGGUA